UUAAGUAAAGCGGCGGACCAUCGGGACCCUACUAUUGCUCCACCGAGGUUUAACCCCAAGCUCAACCUACCAUUGCUGCUCGGCCCACAGAGACGCAGCUCUGCAACUUCUCUCCUCCUCGCCCGAAGCUCACUCUCUUCUCAUUGCUCUCGCCAUUCAGAAACCCUAGCAGAGAGAGUUUCAAUGGAGGAAGACCCAAUAAUCACAAUAUUAGAAGAAGAGAAGGACCUCUCCUAUGGUUACAAGCUUGUUCCAUGGCAGAGUUGGGAUCAAUGGAACUUUGUGAGAGAAAAACUUCUCUCUUCGUCUCCGGCCUCAGUCUCCAGUGCUCUAGAAAAGAUAGUGGGUUGGAGAAGCAGAGGCUGCCUUCCAAUCUCAGUUUCAAUCACUGCAGCUAUUGUGGAAAUUCAACAAAGGGAUCCCUUCUUCAGUGUUUGCAGUCAUGACAACGAGCUGGACUCAGAAGAAAUUCUUGCCAUGGCUUACUCAAUGGCGAUUAUGAGGCUUGUAAAUGGUUUUGUUGAGCAGUCGCAUAAGAAAAUGAGAGUUUCUAUUGCUGAUGCAGCUGAGGCAAUUGGCCUUCCUCGCUUGUUGAUUGACAUUCGUCAUGAGUGUGCCCAUCGUGAACUUCCUUCACUUCAAUUGCUUCGACAUGCAAGUGUGAAGGCACUUGAUUGGUUGAAGUCGUAUUAUUGGGAGCCUCAAAAGAAUGCAGUACCUGAUGUUCAUAGGGAAAUCAGAGCUAGGCUACUUAAGAUGGCUUUGUGUGUAAAAUACAAGCAAGAACUGUCCUCUAAAAGUGUAAAGCAGCACGAACCACAUUGGGUGCCAAACAAAUUUAUUUCUCAUCUUGCCAGUAAAAUUCAGCCAUGCAAAUCGACAGGUCUUACUAAAAGAAUGUCACGAAUCUCAAUGAGCCUGGUUCGGCUUCAUUCAGCUUACCCCUUGGAGGUUGUCACAGUUUUGUUGGAUGAGUUUCUGAUGAAGACUUCUGAAUUCUCCGAUGAAGGCGAAGAAAAAAGCGGUCAAGGUCAUGUGAGAACCCCCUUUUUGACUGCUAGGUAUUGGAAGGAGGUCAUGCUCAUAAUAUCUAGAAAGAAACCUCAGAUUCUAGUUACAAUACUUGGGGCAGUCUUUGAGAAGAUCAUCACAUUGGAAACCAUUGCAUCCAAGAAUGGUGAACCGAUUUUAUUGCAUUACCCAGAUGAGACUUUCAAUCAAAUCAGACAUCUCGCUUCAUUGUCUUCUUGGCUUCUCAAGAAUAUAGAGAAAUUGCGUCGCCCAGAAAAAUCUACAGCUAAAACUAAAGGUUUAUCAUCACAAUCAGGCUACAUUCCAAAAGAAACCCUAAAAGCGCUUCUGGGCACUGGCCUUCAGAGCUUGGCCAUGGGAGAUGCUCUUUCCGAAUCAGCAUUGAUUCUUUCUCAGAUGUUGGGGAAUGACUCACUCAUUGAUAAAGUUCAGAAGCUUUCAAACUUACACCUGCCGAACCCUUUUGAGAGCUCAUGCCCCAGCCAAACUUUCCAACCGGAAGUAGCAUCACUUAAUGAAGCAGUGAGAAAGUUAGAGUUGCUUAAACAGCAGAGAAGUGUGCUUCUAAACUCAAAAAUUACAAGGAGCAAUAGAAUGGAUAGUGAUAGAACAGCAUGGUCCAUCGUAAAGUCUUGGAAUAAAUGUCCAAUUGGUAUGUUGCCAUGCCAGUUCAGCUCUUCAGGGAUCAUGCCUGUUCUAGAAAGAGAAUCUGACAUUUUGGAGAAUAAUCAAAUAAUGAGAAACAGAGGCCAGUCUGAAUUGAGCUUUGCUAAUAAAUAUGGAGCAACAGAUGCAGAGGUUGCUGAAAGAGGCUGUAAGAGAUGUUUAAGUGGUGAGCCUGAUUUGUCGCAGGCAUCAGGUGUUAAAAAAAUGAGGAAAGAGAGGGAGGAACUGCCUCAAGAGGAUAGGGUGAUGGUGGAGGGGGAGGAAAUGCUUGAUGAAGAAAGAGAAGUAGGCCAUUUUGAAGGUCGAUUACUUGUAGGCGGCAUUCAUAAGCUGGUUGAGCCAGAUGAAUUGACUGCUGUUCAAUCUGCUGUGAGGAUAUUCAACCGUGUUUCAUAAUUUGUUAACUUAAUUUAAUCGAGGUUUGUAGGCUAAUCGUCCUCCCAUCAGAACACGGUAAUUUAUUAAUUUAAUUUAAUCGAGGUUUGUAGGCUAA